AAAAAAGAGAAAAAGAUUGAGAUCCUCCGCAUCGCGUAUCGUAGCCUACGAUGACUCGGUGUCCUCGGUGUCCACGUUGUCUAACGUUAAUUGUCUAUCACGUUUCAAAACAUUCGCAAACGCACCUUGGAUAAGGCCUGUUAUUGUGUUUUGCUGUCGAACAAUAACAUUACCCUUCGCUGUUUAUAUUUACAUCGGGAAAAGGUAAUAUUAGGGGUUACAAGAUUACAACACGGAGAUCUGUGUGUAAAAAGUAGGUUGGUUGUGGGCAGGAAAUUUUCGGAAACUGCUUGUGCUCGAAAAAUCGGUGACUGAUCUAAUAAUCUCGCUGUUACUCCCUGUGUUGCUGCUACACCAGCUUUGUGAUUUCUUGGACGAAUCGCUGAUUUUUCUUUCAAAUCUCCUGUGGCAUACAUAUAUAUGGCGACAUGCUAAUAAAUAUCUCACGUAUAAUGGAUUACGCUGUUGAAAGUUUAGAAAAAACUUCCGACAUAGAGCGGAAUGCAACACUCAACAAGCUACUUAAUAUGCAAUGGCUGAAAAAUACAUCUCAUUCAGCAAAUCCUGAAAAGAUAAAAUCUGUUGUCUAUAAGCAAGUGCAAGACCAGGAUGUGAAUAGAGAAAUAGAAGAUCAGGCUUCAAAACUGACAGAAACCAUCAAGAAGCAUUUAGCCAAAGAACGUGAUAAAUAUUCUUCAAUCCACAAUCCAUGUGAAGAAAAUUUAUCUAACGACACAAUGCCAGAAAAGGAGAAUGUACAGAACAAAGAUGUAAUUACAACCGAUUUGUUUCCGAAUAUUGAUAAACUGACUAGGCAAAAGAAUGAGAAAGAGAUGUUAAGUAUUGUGGAAAAUAUCGUGACGUCAAAGCUAAAAGUUGAAUUUUCUAUAAACAAAGAGAAUAAAGAUCAAUUAAGUACAUCGGAGAAUAACGCUGAAGAUGUUAUACAGAGGGACAUGGUAUGUACAAAUCUGUCCGAUUUACAAAAAACCAAUGGAGGUGAAGAGCUGAAGUUAUUAAAAUAUUCUGAUGGUAAUAAUAAUGAAUCCAAAUCAGUGUCGGAUAAACAAGAAUUAACUUCCAAGAUAACUGAUACAGAAAACAAUAAAACCUCAGCAGAAGCAAAGAAUAAAGAUAUGAAUAUAAAAACUAAUGUUACAAAAAUAAAUAUUGAUGCUGGAGAUACAAAUUUAAUUAAAGACAAUGAAAAGUCUUCUACUCCUAGUAACAAUUCUAAGAAGACAGCUUGCAAUUUAUCAAAAUCCCUGAACACUGCCGAUAAAAAUGGAAAAGAUCACUUUAAUAAUAAACCUAAUACAAAAAAUAACACAAGAAAACAAGAGUUUGUAAAACAACGUAAUGUUUCAAAAAGUGGAAUAGAAAAGGAGACAAAGAAUAUUACUGCGAAGCCAAACUUGGUGAAAACAGGCUGCGAGGCGAUUGAUACAUAUCAAAAUAAAAAUUCGAACAAAAGUUCACAAAAACAAACAUCAAAACAAUCGAAAUUGAAAGGUCAAGAGUCUCUUAAAAAAAAUGCAUCUACACCUAACUCUUCUGAUGAUAAAACGGAGAGAGCAACACCUGAAAACUUGAGCUUGCCAUUAAAUGAAUCUGAAAAGAAAAAUGAUAAGUUUAUUUAUGAAAAAAAUGGUCAAUGUGAUCAAAAAACAAAUCGUGUUGAUUUUAGAAAAAAUACAUUUGUCACGCAAUAUAAAAACUCAACAUUCUUAAAACCAACGCAUAUUUCGAAAACAGGACAAGCCUCAACGUUUGGAAAAAAUUCACCAUAUACGUACAGUAAUCCAAAAUUUGAUAGAGAUCGUAAUGGCGGUUUUGAGCGCAAAGUUGUGAAAAAAGAACACAAACUUGCUAAUACAUUCGCAAAAUCAAAUGUAGAAACUGAAGAACUUAACACCAACAAUUUGGAAAGUUGUACAAAACAGAAAAAUGAAAUAAUUCAACCAGAAAAUGUAAAAUCAACGUGUAAAGUAGAUGCAUUUAGUAAUAGAAACGAUGUAAAUUCUGUAAAAAUGGAGACACAAUUAAUACAAAGUAAAGAAAAUAUAAAUUUAAGUAUUGAUUAUCCAGAAAAAUCUACAACGUCAGAACAGCUUUGCGAAGAAACGAAUAAUUUCUCUAAGGUUGAUACCAAAAAAAAUCACCAACAUGAAAAAACGAAUAACGAAAAAAUAGAUCCAUUCGAACACUCGCCCAAUCUAGUCUCGGAUAGCUAUGUUACGGAUUCACAAACCACGAGGCAUUCUAAUCAGUAUUUAUUAAAGCUAGAAAAUGUGCAACAUACGAAUGAUUUAAAUCAAUUGGAAAGUGAUCAAGCUUGGAAUCAAUCAUCUGACAAUGCUGUGCAGAAAGAUGCAACGGUUAUGAGCUUACAACAGUCUAUACAAAAUAUGUAUUUUAAUUCACAACACACUUUUACUCAAGCAGGAAAUCCAACGAGAUAUAUAUCGCCAUGGGAAUCAAAUAAUAGUAAGUUCUACGAUCAAUAUUUUCCAGUUGACGAUGCAAUGCGAAUGCCGUAUAUUUCGAAUACUUUCAACACACCAUCUUAUGAUUACAACACGCAAAUGUCAAAUGAUAACGUUACCGUUACAUCUACGCUAGAAACUACGAUGAGUAAUAGAGAAAAUUCAAAUCUGCUAUAUAGAUACGGGCUGAAUGUACAACAUAGACCAGUAAUGGCCUCAGAUUUUUCCAGUCAUUCUGUACCAUCGUGUCAGACUGAUCAAGCUAGAUGGGAUUCCACGGUACAAGACAGCUUUCACGUUGAACAUCCGUAUGUUGUGACACAGCCUACAAUGAUGCACGUUUACAAUCCUACAACUUUUGGUCCUGACAACUUUGAUAAUACGCAUACAAUAGAUUACGUAUCGCAUCCAGUUAUUUAUGCACCAUCCCCAUACAUGCAAACGUGGAAUUCGCAUUUACAGUAUCCGCUGCCCGUUAUGUAUAAUUCUGCGUACGCGAAUUAUACUACGUUUUCUCACAAUAAUCAGUCAAAUAAUUAUAACAGUUCUAUGCAUGAUCAGCAGCAUAAACAUAAUCCUUAUACGCAAACGAGCAAUUAUGUUAGAGAUACGUAUGACACGAAUACUCACACUGCACAAGGAAGAAACACAGUCGAUAAUAUUCAAUCAAGAUCCAAUUAUUAUAAGAAGCAUCAAGACAAUUGUCGAGCAGUUUAUGACGUUCCCCAGUAUGUAGCACCAGUUUCGUAUUCGAGAUCGCAACAAGGUAUGAAUUUAAUGCAAUCUACAACAGGUACAGGUCUGUACAACGUGUCAUAUUGUCCAUCAAAUCAGAAACAUAAGCAAAAUGGAGCGAAUCACGUGAGGAAUCAGACACAAGAUUUUGUUUGCGAUGAUAACAGCUCAGAAGACAUCCCUCCAAUAAUAUCUCCGAAAGAAUUCGUAACAAACGAUAUAAAUAUUUCGAAUAAUAAAAUGGAUCAGUUUUCGACACGUGUAUUUAAACCAGAGUACAAGACGAGAUUGAACUCAGGAUAUCGCCCGUCAGCCUCUUUGCCAAGAUAUAACAACAGUUUUCGUAGAAAUACAACUUUUCAAGAUUUCCCAAAAGACUGUACAUAUCCCGUUAGUAUUGGCCGCGGUACAUACAAAACUAAAAGAACAUAAAAAUAUUAGAAAUGAAUCGUUAAAGUUUGCUUCUACUAUUUUUAUUUCAUAAAAUAUGAAUAUUCUCAUGUAAAAAUUUUAUUUCAUUUAUUUUAAAAUAU